GAUAGUAGAUGCACAAAAAAAAUACAAAGACACACCAACCGAGAGCCUAUAUUCCUAGUUCCUACUACCAAGAAGGAACAAAACAAGAAGAAAAAAAGGAAAGAAAAAAAAAAAAAGGGAAAUAUAUAAACAAAUAAAACUGAGGAGAAAAAACGGAACUUUUUUCUGUGGCUUUGGAUUCUUCUGGCAAAUCGUGCCUGCCAGCUUUGCUUGAGUAUGGCUAAACAAGAAUAAAAUUUAGUGACAGAAAUUGUUGUUGAAAAUUAAAAAAAGAAGAAAAGAAAAGAAAAAAAGUUUGCUCGCUUGAUUGACGAUAUUGUGGUUUUAGGCCGAAUCUGUGGAGUCCGGACAGUGACUCUUUCGGAGCUGAGACAUGAGAGAGAUGUCGGAGAUAUGGAGGAUUUUGGUGUUCUUCAGCGUCUGCAUUUUGGGAUUCAAGCCAAGUUUCAUCAAUGCCGCCACAGAUCCACAAGACGCUGCUGCUCUAAGGAACAUGUAUACUAGCAUGAACUCCCCGCCGCAGCUAACUGGCUGGAAUGCAAAUGGUGAUGAUCCAUGCGGGCAAUCUUGGAAAGGAGUAACUUGCUCGGGCCAAAGAGUAACUGAAAUUAAAUUAUCUGAUCUUGGGCUUUCUGGAUCGUUUGGUUAUCAAUUACAAAGUUUAACAUCAGUAACAAUCCUGGACCUGAGCAAUAAUAACCUCGGAGGUGGUAUGCCUUAUGGAAUACCUCCAAACUUGACGAGAUUAAAUCUUGGCGGUAAUAAUUUUAACGGAGGCAUCCCUUAUUCUAUUUCCCAAAUAACAUCUCUUAAAUACCUGAACAUCAGCCACAAUCAGCUUCAGAACCAAUUGGAUAACAUGUUUGACAAGCUUACUUCCCUCUCAACAUUGGAUCUCUCUUUCAAUUCUAUUCAAGGUAACCUUCCUCAGAGUUUUAGCUCUCUUUCAAGCAUGAACAAAAUGUAUCUGCAGAAUAACCAGUUUACUGGCACUAUUGAUGUUCUUGCCAAUCUUCCCCUUGACGUUCUGAAUGUAGAAAAUAACCGUUUUACUGGUUGGGUUCCUGAACAGCUGAAAGGCAUUGACUUAAAGUCGAAUGGUAACUCUUGGAGGUCAGGGCCUGCACCUCCACCUCCACCUGGUACAAACCCAGCAAGCAGAAACAAUCGAAGUCACAAAGGUGGUAACAGUGACACAUCAGAUGGUGGUGGGGAAGGUGGUAAAAGUUCAGGAAUAGGGGGUGGAGGCAUAGCAGGAAUUGUGAUAUCUCUUUUGGUUGUUGGAGGAAUUAUAGCAUUCUUCCUCGUAAAGAGAAGAUCCAGGAAGGCAUCCUCAGAUAUAGAAAAGAUUGAUAACGAGCCCUUCGCUCCUCUGCCUUCAAAUGAUGGGCAAGAGAUGAAAUCAGUACAAAUUUCUUCGACAUUGGACACUAAAACUUUUGAUGCACCUGCCACAAUAAAUCUUAGACCUCCGCCAAUUGAGCGUCACAAGUCAUUUGAUGAAGAUGAUUUCUCAAAGAAGCCAGUUGUUGUUAAGAAAACUGUCACUGUUCCUAUUAAUGUCAAAGCAUACUCAGUAGCAGACCUGCAGAUGGCUACUGGAAGCUUCAGUAUCGAAAACCUUGUUGGAGAGGGGUCUUUUGGGCGUAUUUAUCGGGCUCAAUUUGAUGAUGGCAAGGUUCUUGCUGUCAAUAAAAUUGAUUCAGCUCUUUUUCUGGGUAAUCAAUCAUCUGAAGAUUUCACGGAGGUUGUUUCAAACAUCUCCCAUUUGCAUCAUCCUAAUGUGACGGAGUUGGUGGGCUAUUGCUCAGAGCAUGGACAGAAUCUGCUAGUUUAUGAGUUCCAUAAAAAUGGUUCACUGCAUGACUACCUGCAUCUAUCAGAUGAAUACAGCAAGCCAUUGAUUUGGAAUUCCCGGGUCAAGAUUGCUUUGGGGGCUGCUCGUGCACUAGAGUACCUCCAUGAAGUAUGCUCACCAUCAAUCGUUCACAAAAAUGUAAAGUCAGGCAACAUAUUACUUGAUGCGGAGCUUAAUCCACACCUUUCGGACUGUGGCUUGGCAAACUUUAUACCAAGGGCAAAGGAGUAUUUGAGUAGCCAUGUAGAAGUUGGAUUUAACGCUCCAGAGAUUCUUAUGGCUGGCCAAUAUUCUGUAAAAAGUGAUGUGUACAGUUUUGGGGUGAUCAUGCUGGAGCUUCUUACUGGUCGCAAACCAUUUGAUAGCUUAAGGCCUAGAUCUGAACAAUCACUAGUUCAAUGGGCAUCACCCCAGCUCCACGACAUUGAUGCUCUAUCGAAAAUGGUAGAUCCAGCGCUUGAAGGUCUCUAUCCCGUUAAAUCUCUCUCCCGGUUCGCCGAUGUGAUUGCUCUUUGUAUCCAGGCGGAGCCCGAGUUCCGACCACCUAUGUCAGAAGUUGUUCAAGCGUUGGUUCUGUUGGUGCAGCGAGCUAACAUGAGCAAAAGAACAAUCGGAGUCGACCAAGGAACAUCCAGACGGGGAGACAGCCAAGAUUUAGGAGACUAACUUUUCUUGAAAGCAACUUGUAUCCGUUUGGCCAUGCAUGAUGGGGCUUGCAGUGCACCUUUCGUUGCCUGGAUACACUCUUGGUAAAAAUAUGCUUUGUCCAUAAGUACAUAGUUGAGUUAGUUCUUUCAUUGUUUGAAAAAUAAUAUCAAUACUGGACCUGCUGCGGAGUUAAUUAUUUAAACUUUCAACGGAUAAAUGAGAUUCUAUUUUCCUGA